UUCCGCCUGACACCCCAGGCCACAUCUUGCUCCUUGGAGCACCCGCGCCUUCCCCAGCCCUCUGGCCCUCACACCCCCCAUGUUUUGCAGUAGCUGUCUCAGCCCUCGUCUCGUCUUAUUCGCAAAUCAUAAUUUCAGUUCGCAGAUUUCAUAUGUCUAAUAGUUUUCUCAAGUCUAUUUCCCAGGCUCUGCACCAGAUCUCUUAGAAUGUAAAAAUUACCCUUGCGAAACGUUGUUGGGAAUUCACGGUAUUUUCAAGAAGAAAAUUGAAAGCACCAAAAUGGACUGAUUAGAAUAGAAUGGCCUAAUUUGAAAGAAUUUCAGGAUCAUUGCUCUUCUCUUUGCUUCAUGUAGGUUCCUAUUAGUAACUGCUUUCAGGCAAUAGGGUUUCCUAGCAACAGACUGAAAAAAAGGACUAAAAAUAAUAGCAAUGGAAUUGAGUUAAUCGUUACAGACAAUCGGCUUCUCUCCACUCCUGAUCCCCCAACCCCAAAAGAUCUAGGGUCAGGCCUUCAGUAUUUUGAGUCACCUGUACAUGGAGCACAGAGAUGAUGACGACGACGAUGUGUCUUUUGCCAAAUGGAUGAGCAGCUUCUGGGGUCACAGCUGGAGAGAGGAGGAUGAGAGGGGACUCCGGGAACGCCACCACCGACCACAAGCCACCAUUCACAGGAAAACCUCUCUGCCCUGCCCAUAUUCCCAGAAUAUGCUUUCCAGAAUUACAUCAUCUGACCACCAUCCUAGAAGGCAUUCUCAUGAGGACCAGGAAUUGCGAUGCUGUACCUAUAUGCGGGAUUACAGAAAAUACUCAGGGGAUGGGUCAUUCAAGGAGCCACUGGCAUCAAAAGGAAGAUCCCAUUCCAGAGUUCAGGAAUUUUCAGAUUCCUUUGAACAGCAACUGUGCUUUAGAACCAAACGUUCUGCAUCUUUGGGACCUGAGAGCAGGAAGGAGAGAAAUGAAAGGGAACGCCUGAGGAUGGAGAUAAGAUCCCAAAAGAAAGUAGAGGAAGGAAGGAGCUCCAGGAAAGAAGAACCCAGAGAAGCAUGCAUGGCUCCCCUGCUUGAAAAGGGGCCUGAAUAAUACUUUGCUUCCACAUCAUGGCACCAAAUGCUACUCUGUUUUUGUGACCCCUAACACACCAUUUCAGCACAUUGGUGGGGGGGAGGGGACAGCUGUGGGGGGAGGGGACAGCUGUGAAGGGCGUCUGCAGAGCCUGAGAGACUGAAGUGGGAGGGGUAUGAGGCUGCUCCACAGGGCGACUUGCGUCAUACCGACUGCUGCUGGCAUGUUAGUUGACAGUGUCAUCCGCUUUGUGGGCCUUUUAUGGGAAUAAAGAGAAUAAAAGGCAUUUUAAUAGAAUAAAGAAAAUUUUGAAAAUGUAAGAAAGAUAUUUAAAGAGCCACCCACAUAUCUUCACUAACCCUUCUUCCACGUCAACCUCACAAAUCAUCUUAAAUAUAAUAAAAGUCAUUGGCGUGACUCUAC